AUGAUCAGCAUAGCCCCUGCUCCAUCACCGGAACAUUACGAUACACAGUGGGCCCCAUCACCUUCCAUGGCAUAUAUGCACCAAUCCUCGUCACCACCGCCGUUGCCGUCCAAAUCUUCCAUCGAUUUCAGUCCACCGUUGAUAGUUAUGGUGGUAAUCAUCGCCACCGCUUUUGUCAUCAUCACUUACUCACGCCUAAUCUCUCGCCACAUGCUCCACCUCCACCGUCGCUACCGCCGGUGGCGCCGGCGCCGUCCCCCGUCCUCCUCCGUCGGUGACAUCGAAUCUCAGUCCCUUCCUUACUCCUUCGAUCCAUCAGACGCGUUUCAUGUCCUUUCGCCGUACGGCCUCGACGAGUCCGUCAUCAAAACCAUUCCUCUUUCGAUAUACACCAGAAAAUCCAACGUCCAUGAAUGCGCAGUGUGUCUUCUGGAGUUCGAAGAGAACGACUAUGUCCGAACACUUCCGGUUUGUUCGCACGCGUUUCACGUGGACUGUAUCGACAUAUGGCUUCGUUCUCACGCGAAUUGUCCUCUGUGUCGUGCUGUAAUAUUCCGGCCGGAAUCGCCUUUUGUUCCAGUGAUGGCCGCGAGAAUUCGGCCAAGCCUCGAUGAUAUAAUCAUGGCAAGCACAAUUCUCGAACCGUUGAAUGAAUCUCCGCCGGAAAAUGACGCAAGUUUCGGAGAAAUCACGCACGAGGCUUCGCCAAGAAGGAACAACCAGUCAGAGGACCGAUUCAACGGCCGCGAUUUUCUGUUGAAGAGAUCGUACUCGUUCGGAUUUGAGCGCAAUUUAGGGUCGGAGAGGUUGGUGCUAGAGCCUGCGACGGCGUCGCCGUGGCGGUAUAGACGAGGAGGUGGUUUCUGGAGCAAACGCCCAUCCCCGUUCAGUUCGUUAACGAAGCCUAGGGUGUUCUCUUUCAGAUACUACAGAGGAAUGAAGUCUCCAUUUUUCCGGCGGCGUAGCGGUGGUGGCUUUUUUCCGUUGUCAGAAUCAAGUGUUAGGUACGCCGGCUCAGCCGGAGGCGGUGGCUCUUCGCGGCGGAGUAAAUCGUUCGCGAGCCCGAUGUUCAUGAGAUCGUCGGCUUCGGUGGCAGCUGGGCUGUUUUCAUCGAGCCGGCUGAGGAGUGGUGAUCCAGAGGCUUUGCUGUCACCUGAGAGAUUUAACAGACGGUAG